UCUCAUUUUAGUUAAAUAACUCCAAUUGUCGUUAUUGAAGUUGUUCAAUUGAUAUCAUUCUUCUAGUUAAGUGUAAUCAACAGUUAUUCAAUUGUAUUAUAAUCAUUUGAAUUUAUAUCUAUAUAUAUACUGAUUGGUUUAUCGUACACGUAAGAGAAUAAUUAUACAAUAUGUUGGAUAACGUAGAAUUUAUUACUACUCCACCAGCAGCACCUCCAAAACCUGCUACUGAUGAAUCAGGUGUAUUAACCAGUGCUUCUCCUUCAAUUCAUAAUCCUCCAUUACCUGCUGAUGGUCCAGGUUCUAAACAUUUUAGUAAUCUUGCUUUAUUAGGAUUUAUUACUAUAAUUCCUUAUUAUAUUACAAGAAAAUUGGGAUUGGGAUUUAAAACAUGGUUAUUUUUCACUUUAUUAUUGGCACUUCCAAUAUUAAUGUCUUAUUGGACUGUUUUAUCCACAUUUUCUCCAAGAAUUAAUGAAAAGGCAAAAUACCCAAAUAAGCCAAUUUCUCACUAUUUAGAAUAUCAUACUGAAGAAUUAAAAGCAAAAUAUGAAACUUCAAAUGGUGGUAAAGGUACUAAAAUUCCAAUUGAAACUUUCCAAGAAUUAUAUUUCGAAGGUAAAGUUAGUUUUAAAGGAGAUUGUUUAGAUGUUAUGGAAUAUAAACAUGAUUGGGCUAAUUUCAGAUUUACUCUUUCAUUAUUCAGAUUCUUCUUAUUAGGUAUGAUUCCUGAAGUUAUCUUACAUUCUAAAUCUCAAGAUGAAGAACAAGUUAGAGAACAUUAUGAUAGAGGUGAUGAUUUUUACACCUGGUUUUUAGGUCCAAGAAUGAUCUAUACUUCUGGUGUUAUUAGUGAUGUUGCUAGAGAAGAAACCUUAGAAGAAUUACAAGAUAAUAAAUUGAAAAUUGUUGCUGAUAAAAUUGAUCUUAAGAAAGGUGAACAUGUUCUUGAUUUAGGAUGUGGUUGGGGUACUUGGGCUACUUAUGCUUCGUCUCAAUAUGGUGCUCAUGUUACUGGUAUUACUUUAGGUAAAAAUCAAACCAAAUGGGGUAAUACUUUAUUAAAUAAAUAUGGUGUUGAAUCUGAUCAAUCAAAGAUUGUAUGUGUUGAUUAUCGUGAUGCUCCAAAAUCUGAUAAGGCUAAUGGUAAGUAUGACAAGAUUACUUGUUUAGAAAUGGCUGAACAUGUUGGUAUUAGAAGAUUUACUGCAUUCUUAGAACAAGUUCAUGAAUCUUUAGAAGAUGAUGGUUUAUUCUUUUUACAAUAUGCUGGUUUAAGAAAGAACUGGCAAUAUGAAGAUUUAAUCUGGGGUUUAUUUAUGAAUAAGUAUAUUUUCCCAGGUGCUGAUGCUUCAACUCCAUUAAGUUUUGUUGCAUCAUGUUUAGAAUCUGUUGGUUUUGAAAUUGUUAGUGUUGAUAACAUUGGUGUUCAUUAUUCUGCUACUCUUUGGAGAUGGUACAGAAACUGGUUAGGUAAUAAAGAUAAAGUUGUUAACAAAUAUGGUAUUAGAUGGUUUAGAAUUUGGGAAUACUUCUUAUCAUCUUCAGUUAUUGCUUCAAGAAAUGGUACUGCUACUUGUUAUCAAUUUAUAUUAAGAAAGAAUAUCAAUUCUUAUAGAAGAGUUGAAUAUAUUCCAAAACAAAAAGGUUUAUUAGGACCUCUUGAACAAGGUACCAGAUGGGCUAAGCCAUGAGCUCAAAUUAUGAGGUAUUCUCUUUUUUGCUAUAUUUUUAUUCAAGAAUAUGGUUAUGCUAAUGCUUAACCAUGAUAGAAAUCAUAAAAGUACUUAAAAGAUCCUUUUAAUAAUAUUAAUCAUAUACAACAGUUAAAUGGUGUGUGAUAUAUGUAGUUUAGCUACUAGUUUAACUUUUUGAUAGAAUCCGUAUUAGAAAUUCUCUAAAGCUAAAUGAAUGUCAAUUGAUUAUAUAUUUACAAAUUAAGAUAAUUAUAAAUAUUCUAUAAUAUCUAUGAUCCUCGGAGUUGCUAAUUAUGAU